AUGACCAAGACUAAGCCCUCUUCUUCCACUACGAACCCACAACACAAACCAUUUCAAGUCUCCAACAGGAACUUUACUGAAAGAGCAUUGUUGUUCAAGAAUGUCAGCACAAGGAGAGUAUUGUCAAAGGUUCAAAGAAACACUGAAACCAAGGAAACACCAAUCAAGAAACUGCAUUUAAAACGUCGUUGUGAAGAUGCAACUUCAGGUAACAAGCCGUCUUUGACUUCCGAUGACUCCAGAAGAAAGAAAGUAAAAACUACAUUAGGUAACUUCCGUGCUCUCUGUGGAAAACUCGGUAAGGAACUUACCACCGACGGGCUUCAUAUCGAAGUGUCACAGAUUCUAAAAAACAGAGGAAAAUUCAUUCAUGAUGGGAAAAAAAUUAUUGGAAAGGUCUCUGGAAUUGAAGAUGGGAAUUUGAUUGCAACUAGCGUUGUUUCUUGUCAUUUUGAUGAUAUGGAUGAUACAAACGUGUUCGUAUAUACAGGGGAAGGAGGUAAUGUCAUUAAUUCUGGAAAAUGUGAUGAAGAGACUCUUGCUCUUAUGAAUAGUUAUCAUGUUAAGAAUCCUAUUAGAGUUAUUAUAAAGUUUAAUUCAAAGAACUGUGGUGGUGGUGCACGUGGUGGAGGUGAGGUGUAUUGUUACUAUGGUCUUUAUAAAGUUGAAUCAAUUUGGAAAAAAAAAGGUAAAUUAGAUUUUAAAUUUUGUUUGGUUAGAUUGCCUGAUCAGAAAAUCUUUGUUAAAGAUAUUUCCAAUGGAAAAGAAGCUGUUCCUAUAUGUGUGGUUAAUCAUAUAGAUUCUGGCAAGGUUCCAUAUUUUCAAUACAUUACUCGUAACAUUUAUCCUGAAUGGCUUUUCAAUGAUUCCUCUGUUGGGCGUACAUGUGUUGAUCAUUGUUCUGAUUCAAUGAAAUGUUCCUGUGCUCUUAAGAGUGGAGGGAAAAUUCCGAGCGUAAAGAAAAAUGAGAUUAAAUUUAAGCUUCAAAUUUUCAAGACAAAGGCGAAAGGAUGGGGUGUGAGAUCAGAGAAUGCAAUUCCUUCUGGAAAUUUUAUUAUUUGUGAGUAUUUAGGUGAGAUUAUUGAAGAUGAGGAAGCUUUGAAAAAGGUUGAUAAUGAUGAGUAUUUAUUUAAUAUUGGCAAUUAUAUUCACAAGGUCUAUAGUUCAUGGGAAGAGGAUUCAUAUGUGGUUGAUAGUAAGGAGAUGAGUUCAUAUCAACCCUUAGAAGCUUCGGGCGGUAAAGAGGGCGUUGAUGAUCGAUGUGAUAGUGGUAGGUUUACCAUUGAUGCUGCUAAGUAUGGUAACGUGGCAAGGUUUAUCAACCAUAGUUGUUCUCCCAAUUUGUUUGUUCGAAAUGUUCUUUACGAUGAUGAUGUUCCAAGGAUUCCACACAUCAUGCUAUAUGCAGCUGAGAACAUUCCGAGCAUGAAAGAGCUGACUUUAGAUUACAAUUACAAGAUCGAUCAAGCGAUUGAUUCAAAUGGAAAUUUAAAGACGAAAGCAUGUUAUUGUGGAGCUUCUGAAUGCAUCCGUCGACUUUAUUGA